AUGCCAUCACUCUGGAAGUGUCUCACUUCCCAGUCGCAGUCAUUAAUUCAAUAUUCAAAUACCUCGAGUACCAGUACAAAUACUUUACUGUCUACUGAUAAUUCAAAUACAAAUGUAGCAGACAUGUCGUUAUUCAGCGCUCAAGUCCAUCCAGGACGAGCUCUGGGCUUUCUAGUUCUAGGAGCUUCACUUCACGAAAUUAUCACACGAAUAAAAGCCGAACCACAACGAUUUCCUAAACUCGACUUGACCUAUGAGCCUGUAGCUCCCGUCGAUGAACCUGUUAUCCUCAGUCUGCCUUCCAACGGCAUCCGUUUACGCUUUGAUGGACCUCAGCAACGUCUGCGACUGAUAGAAGUCUUAGACUUUACCAAAAAUAAACUCACAUAUAAUGAUCGGGAGGUGUUAAGAUCUGGUGGAACUGCUUCACCAAACGGCGCAGGAACUGGACAUCUUACUGGGCCAACCUUUCGACAUAUUUACAAGAGUUUAAUUGGACCUACAUUUCCUGGAGAAUAUAUCAAGCCUGAUGCUGGAGAUGAGACUGGAAUGGGCCUAUAUGUAUUAUCAUAUCCCGGAGUCGCAUUUUCCUUCCCUAUACAUAAAUCAUCUUGGUCGCCCGGAAAAGAUGUUGUUUCGCUACUCUCAUCAUCUGCCGGCCAACCUGCUUCUUCCAUGGCCAUAUUCUCAGGGGAAUCUUGGCCCGAGGCAAGAGACAACUUGUUCACACAGACCCUUGAACCCCUCAAAACAUUUGCUCCCUUGACAAAAGGUCGCGAACCGGUUGCAGAUGAAAUUGGCCUUGUUAAACUUUAUGGUGGAGGAAAACUUGAGUUGAUUCGUCGUUUCAACAAUACUCCCUUUUGGAUUCUUCUCGGUGAAACAACUCCUCAAGAGCUUGUGGCUGAACUCGGACCACCUGAUGCUAUAUAUCGAAAGAACGAUCAAAAGAUGUCGAUUCACAAACCUCGGACUGCAAGUAGCACUGGUAGGCGACCAGCCUCAACGGAUCUCCGAGAUGAUUCGACCGAUACCGACCAAUCCUCAGCUCACACUGCGACGGAUGAUUCUGAUGAUGAUAGCGGUGAAGGAGAAGCAGCAGGAAAUGUUACGGGAGAAUGUUUCUACAAUUAUUUCUACCAUGGCUUCGAUGUCUUAGUCUCUACUCCCACAUCACCCUCACAACUUCCCCCGUCUAAAGCACGUUCUCAACAAGAAAAUAAUCGAGUUAUUCCCACAGAUGCCACCGCCCGUCUGGUAGCUACAAAAGUGAUAUUACAUGGUAAUGUCCCGGGCUCAUACCCAUUCAAUCGUCAUCGACGUUGUCGCUGGGAAAUCGAAUACUUGUCGCCAAAACCCAAGUCUAAAAUCAUGUCCAUUAACUCCGAAACUUCUUUCCCGUCUAUUGAAAGCAGUCUUUACGAUGAAUGGAAAAGCAUCUAUAACAACGUCGAAGAAGCCAAACAACGACAACGCGGUAUGGUGCUGAAUCGCGAUUGGGGCGAUAGUCCAGGAAGUAGUUGCGAAUUACUUGGUGGUUGGGAAGAUAGCGUAGGUGGGAAACGAAAUGCUGAGAAGGAAGAUGAGAAGGGCUUGGGAAACACUACUUUAUUUGGAUUUCCGGGAUUGGUAUUUGAAGUUCUGAAGAAUGGUACUGUGAGUGGUGUUACGGUGUUUUGA